GACUGAUAUAAAGGCAGAAGAUAUAGAGGGAGAAGAAGAGAUGUAUGUGACUGAUAUAAAGGCAGAAGAUAUAGAGGGAGAAGAAGAGACGUAUGUGACUGAUAUAAAGGCAGAAGAUAUAGAGGGAGAAGAAGAGACGUAUGUGACUGAUAUAAAGGCAGAAGAUAUAGAGGGAGAAGAAGAGACGUAUGUGACUGAUAUAAAGGCAGAAGAUACAGAGGGAGAAGAAGAGACGUAUGUGACUGAUAUAAAGGCAGAAGAUACAGAGGGAGAAGAAGAGACGUAUGUGACUGAUUUAAAGACAGAAGAUAUAGAGGGAGAAGAAGAGACGUAUGUGACUGAUAUACAUGAAGAAGAUAUAGAGGGAGAAGAAGAGACGUAUGUGACUGAUAUAAAGGCAGAAGAUAUAGAGGGAGAAGAAGAGACGUCUGUGACUGAUAUAAAGGCAGAAGAUAUAGAGGGAGAAGAAGAGACGUAUGUGACUGAUAUAAAGGCAGAAGAUACAGAGGGAGAAGAAGAGACGUAUGUGACUGAUUUAAAGACAGAAGAUAUAGAGGGAGAAGAAGAGACGUAUGUGACUGAUAUAAAGGCAGAAGAUAUAGAGGGAGAAGAAGAGACGUAUGUGACUGAUAUAAAGGCAGAAGAUAUAGAGGGAGAAGAAGAGACGUAUGUGAUUGGUAUAAAGGCAGAAGAUAUAGAGGGAGAAGAGACGUAUGUGACUGGUAUAAAGGCAGAAGAUAUAGAGGGAGAAGAAGAGACGUAUGUGACUGAUAUAAAGGCAGAAGAUAUAGAGGGAGAAGAAGAGACGUAUGUGACUGAUAUAAAGGCAGAAGAUAUAGAGGAAGAAGAAGAGACGUAUGUGACUGAUAUAAAGGCAGAAGAUAUAGAGGGAGAAGAAGAGACGUAUGUGACUGAUAUAAAGGCAGAAGAUAUAGAGGGAGAAGAAGAGACGUAUGUGACUGAUAUAAAGGCAGAAGAUAUAGAGGGAGAAGAAAAGACGUAUGUGAAAGGUGAUCAGCAGUGUAAGGAGGAGGAAAUCCUUACAGAUAUCAACACAGCAGAUAAACACAACAGGAAUAUCUCAGAGGGACAUUUAUCUCCAGACUUCGAAACAGAAGAUAACAAAAACUACAUACGAGAUUCUCCAGACGAAAUCUCCAUAACCCUAAAUAUACAUCCAGUUUAUCACAGUGCCGAUAUAUCAUCUGAUCCCUCUAAUCACGAGGAAGUUUCUAGCAGUAACUUGGAUUCUGUUACCCAUAAUACAACUCAUACUGGUGAUACAGUCUUCUCCUGUUCUGAAUGUGGGAAAUGUUUUAAAUAUCAGUCAUUUUUAGUUAGACAUCAGAGACACCAUAAAAGUGAGAAACCAUUUACAUGUUCCAAGUGUGGGAAAAGUUUCCCAUAUAGAUCGCAUUUUAACAAACACUGGAGAACUCACACAGGUGAGAAACCAUUUCCAUGCUCUGAGUGUGGGAAAUGUUUUACACAGAAACCAUAUCUUGUUGAACAUCAAAGAAUUCAUACAGGUGAGAAACCAUUCCCAUGUUCUGAGUGUGGGAAAAGUUUUACACAGAAAUCAGCUCUUCUUACCCAUCAGAGUCAUCACAUAGAUGGUAAACCAUUUCCGUGCCCCAAGUGUGGGAAAUGUUUUACUCAGAAAUCAUAUCUUGUUAAACAUCUAAGAAUUCAUGCAGGUAAUAAACCAUUUACAUGUUCUGAGUGUGGAAAAUGUUUUCCACAGAAAUCAUAUCUUGUUAGACAUCAGAGAAUUCACACAUGUGACAAACCAUUUUCUUGUUUGAACUGUGGGAAGUGUUAUACAAAGGAAAAAUAUCUUCUUGAACAUGAGAGAAUUCACACAGGUGAGAAACCAUUUCUGUGUCCUGAGUGUGGGAAAUGUUUUACACAGAAAUCAUAUCUUAUUAAACAUCACAGAAUUCACACAGGUGAAAAACCUUUUUCGUGUUUGGAGUGUGGAAAAUGCUUUACACACAAAACUCAUCUUGUUGACCAUAAGAGAAUUCACACAGGUGAGAAACCAUUUCCAUGUCUAGAGUGUGGGAAAUGGUUUACUCGAAAAACCUAUCUUGUUGAACAUCAGAGAAUUCACACAGGUGAGAAGCCGUUUUCUUGUUCUGAGUGUGGGAAAUGUUUUACACAGAAAUCAUAUCUGGUUUUACAUCAGAGAAGUCACACAGGUGAGAGGCCAUUUUCAUGUUCUGAGUGUGGAAAAUCUUUUAUGGACAAAUCAACUCUUUCUGCACAUGAGAGAACUCACACAGGUGAAAAACCAUAUCCAUGCACUGAGUGUGGGAAAUGUUUUACACAGAAAACACAUCUGGUUACACAUCAGAGAAGUCACACGGGUGAGAAGCCAUUUUUAUGUUCUGAGUGUGGGAAAUGUUUUACAGAGAAAUCUGAGCUAGUUGUACAUCAGAGAACUCACACUGGGGAAAAGCCAUUUCCAUGUUCUGAGUGUGGGAAAUGUUUUACACAGAAAACACAUCUUGUUGACCAUAAGAGAAGUCACACAGGGGAGAAGCCAUUUCCUUGCUCUGAGUGUGGGAAAUGUUUUACAUCCAAAUCAACUCUUGUUACACACACGAGAAGUCACAGGAGAAAAGCUGUUCCCAUGAGCUAAUAGACAUGAAACACGGUUGUGGUCAUUGAUAUUAAUGCCAUUGAUAUUUUAGUACAUUUCUUUAAAGAUCAUCAUAAAUUAAUUUCCUGAGUGUUUGCUCAAAGCUAUUUGUUCAUCACUCAGUUAUUGAGGGUAAGUCCAGUCGCAUUGCUAGAUUGUAAUUGUGAGGGUCUUAGACUGUUGUGGUCAUUAACUAACCUGAUUGUUCCAAAACGAAGCCUGGGUGGUCUCUCCUCUGGGUAGAGUAUGUACUGGGACGUUCUGUCUCCAUAGCAGUCUUAGUCUAGUAUGAGAUCUCCCAGCAUGCUUCUUUAUGAUUUAUUGUAUCUUUAAUAGUACUAUCCAUUAUGACUACAUUUCCCAGUAUGCUCCUCUUGGAUUUCUUGUUUUGCUGGCCCUGGUCUGUGAAACAAUCUUGCCCCUAAUGUUAUAAUGUGGUUUUAAAAGGGAAGAGGGGCUGGGUGAGGGUGUGUCAGGAUGUGGGAAAGCUGAGCUGCUGGACUCUGUGUUCGACAGCUCCAGAGAAGUGCAACAUUGUAUGAGAUGUUUACGCUAGCAGAUCCUGGGCAGUAGGUGUUCUGAAGGUGCUGGGGUUCUGCUGGCAUAUUCCUAUAAUCUACAGAGGACAAGGUAUUGCUGAUGGGACCACACACCAUGUUGGUGAAGCGGAAUGGCCGAGUGGUCAGGACCCCCAAGAGUUGUUUACCUGAGAUCCUGGUAGGAGCUGUAUUAUACUAGGGUUACUGCCUCUCAUGGGUUCACUCUGAUAAUUAUGAGAUGUUACAAGCAAUUUGAUAAUUGAUGUUACCUUGGAGGCUUGUUUUUUUUUUAAAUUCUUUCAAUAAAUGUGUGAUUAU